UCGGUGCGGCCGGAGGCGGCCGUGAGGAAGCGCGAGGCCGUGUUUCUCCGCCGGGACCGCGCGCUCCUCGUGCAGGGCGGGGACGGCGCAGAUGUUUAGGAUUUACUUUACAUUCUAAGAGGAUUGGGAGGAGAGACAAUGAACAAUAAACACAAUCAAUUAUAUGGUGUAUUAGAAGAUGAAUGAGCCAAGGAGAAAAGAAAAAGUAGAGCCAGAUUUGCUUUGAAGUCACAUUGAUAUGAAAUAUGGAGUCACCUUCGAUAACUUCACCUGGGAAAGAGAGACUUCUUUCUUAUUAAAAUUACAUAAGGACAACAAAUGACCAAAGGAAUCAUGCCAAAUUGCAACUCUACAUCUUUUUGUAUCGUCAAGAUAUAUUUUUUAAUCCAUCAAGACAAAUGACUUGUAUGUUAAAGGAAAUGAUUUGUUCAUCAAUAUUAUUUUUAGCAGUUUUAAAGGAAUCUUUUUCAACUUAACUUUAUACAACUCUCAUAAAAUUUACAUCUAAAAAUUUUUAAGACCUUGUUUAAAAUAGGUUUUUUUACUUGUCAAAGUCCUCAAAAAUUUAUAACAUCAGAAAAGAUAUGGACUUGGAAGCUUACAUUAUUAUAAGAGAGUGCAGUGCGUUUAAGUGGACAAUUGAAAACAUUAUCCAUUUUAUCCUCAGAAAUAUCACAUAAAAGUGUACAAUUCUUAGCUUUAAUGCAAACAAAAUUGCUUGAAAAUGGCAUGGGUAAAGUUCUUGCGGAAACCUGGUGGCAAUCUUGGAAAAGUUUAUCAGCCUGGGAGUAUGCUUUCACUGGCCCCGACCAAAGGCUUGUUAAAUGAACCAGGACAGAAUAGCUGCUUUCUUAAUAGUGCUGUACAGGUUUUAUGGCAAUUAGAUAUAUUCCGGCGCAGCCUGCGGGUUUUGACCGGGCACGUUUGCCAGGGAGAAGCCUGCAUAUUUUGUGCAUUGAAGACGAUAUUCGCGCAGUUCCAGCACAGCCAGGAGAAAGCGCUGCCCUCGGAUAACAUCCGGCACGCUCUCGCCGAGAGCUUCAGAGACGAGCAGCGGUUUCAGCUGGGCCUCAUGGAUGACGCUGCAGAGUGCUUUGAAAACAUACUGGAGAGGAUUCAUUUUCACAUCGUGCCAGGCAGAGACGCAGACAUGUGUACCUCGAAGUCCUGUAUCACUCACCAGAAGUUUGCUAUGACUCUCUAUGAACAGUGUGUGUGUCGUAGCUGCGGAGCCUCAUCCGAUCCUCUACCUUUUACAGAAUUUGUGCGGUACAUUUCUACAACAGCCCUAUGCAAUGAAGUUGAAAGAAUGGUGGAAAGGCAUGAACGCUUUAAACCUGAAAUGUUUGCAGAAUUGCUACAAGCAGCAAAUACAACAGAUGACUAUAGAAAAUGUCCUAGUAACUGUGGCCAAAAAAUAAAAAUCCGCCGUGUUUUGAUGAAUUGCCCAGAGAUUGUUACGAUUGGUUUGGUCUGGGACUCUGAGCAUUCCGACUUGACGGAGGAUGUUGUUCGGAAUUUGGCAACACAUCUUUAUCUUCCUGGGCUUUUUUACAGAGUCACUGAUGAAAAUGCCAGGAGUAGUGAACUUCACCUUGUCGGUGUGAUCUGCUACACCAGCCGGCAUUACUGUGCCUUCGCGUUUCACACCAAGAGUUCCAAGUGGGUGUUUUUUGAUGAUGCAAACGUGAAAGAGGUUGGCGCUAGGUGGAAAGACGUUGUGUCCAAGUGUCUCCGAUGCCACUUUCAGCCGCUGCUCCUGUUCUACGCGAACCCGGAGGGCACAGCGGUUUCCACCGAAGACGCACUUAGGCAGGUCGUCAGCUGGUCCCAGUACAAGUCUGGCGCAGAAAACAUGGGAUGUGAAAAGCCCACAGUUUAUAAGUCAGAUAAUUCAAAAGAAAAUGGAUUUGGUGAUCAAGCAAAACAGAGAGAACAUCAGAAGUUUCCAACCGAUACUAUUUCGUCAUUUAAUCGGAGCCACAUUCAGACAAGUGGAGGGAGAGGACCAGUUAAAUUAAGUCACAUUGAUCAAAGGGAUAAGAUAAAAGACAUUUCCAGAGAAUGUGCUCUAAAAGCCAUUGAACAGAAAAACUUACUUUCUUCACAAAGAAGAGAUUUAGAGAAGGGACAAAGAAAAGAUUUAGGCCGACAUAGAGAUUUGGUUGAAGACGACCUUUCACAUUUCCGGUCUGGGUCACCUCCUGCCACAAAUGGCUUGAGACAACACGGGAACCCGCAUGUAUGUCGCGGUCAAGGGAAAGGACCAUGUAAGCAUGAUCGCGUUGCCUGUCAGAGUCGAGCCCCUGCACAAACAAUAAGUUCAAGUAAAGCCCAGGUCCCUGCCCCGGGACAGAGGACAGCUGGCAAAGUUAGGAGUGACUGUGGCGCUGGGUACGAGACCGACAGCAGCCAGGAGUCCAGGGAUAAAGGAAGCAGCUGUCACAGCAGCAGCAAAAGCCGGAACCGAGGCUGGAAACCUAUGAGAGAAACGUUAAACGUUGACAGCAUUUUUAGUGAAAGUGAAAAAAAACAGCACAGUCCCAGACAUAAAUCAAACCUCAGUAACAAACCCAAAUGCAGCAAAGAGCAGAGUUUCAGUAAUGGGCCAAAAGAGAAUCCAAAGCAGAAAGGUUUAGUGACCAUUUAUGAAGACGAGACAAAGCAGGAGACGGGAAGCGGGAGUUCCCUGGAGUCUGAUGGGAAAGGACCGAAGGAAACCAAGGGCCUCGCGGAGAGCCAGGCGCGCGGGGACAGCUGGCAGAUGCAGAGGACCGAGUCUGGCUACGAGAGCAGCGACCACAUCAGUAACGGGUCUGCUAACCUGGACUCGCCUGUCACCGAUGGACAUGGCCCAGGGACGGAUAUCGUUGGUGCCAAAGAAACAGUGUUCUUCAGUGACCAGAUUAAGGCAAAUAAUCUGAAUAACGAAGGCGUGGACUGUGUGUCCCUUCAGAGCAGAAACCACUCAGAAGGCUCUAGAAAAGAACUCCAGAGCUCGGAAGCAGGCCGUACACCUCAUGAGCUCCACCCAGAAUCACAUCUCCAGAUAAAAAAUCUAAAAAGGUCACACGUAUGUGAGACUGAUGACAAGUCGCUUCCUUCGUCGGGGCCGCACACACUCAGGGACCGCGCUGCAGGGGCGCAUGCCCACCCGCCAGAUCAACACAAACCGGACAGACCAAAUGAGUGCAGAUCUUCUGAGCGGCUGAGCAUAGAAAAUUCCGAGAGAAGAGCUUUGCCUCUUUAUGGUGGUAACUCUGCUUCUGGGAAGAGAGUGAGCAGUCGUGAGUCAGUCUCACCGUCUUCGCUGUGGUCCUCACGCCUGAGAGCUGCUGGGUUAAAGCCAGAAACUGCUCCUGGCAUCCAGCAACAAGACAUGGCGGAACAGGGUCCCUCUGCGAACUCUCUGUCCAGGGAGCAGGUAGCUCAGUCGGCCUGCAGAUGGGACGGUUGUCAGAUGCCAAAACUCCUUUGCCAGAAUCCGCCGCCCCCUUUGCCACCAAAGAAAUACGCUAUGACCAGUGUGCCACGGCCAGAGAGAGAGGAGUCUCCACUUGACGUCAGCCUUCCAGAGGUGUUUAAAGCCAAUCCCGCGAGUCUUGCGAAGCACAGUUUAAGUUUGGCGUCAGAACCAGGUGUAGCAGGGAGUACGUACAUGAAUGACAAGAGACGGAAAGAGACAUGUCAAGUGAAGGAAUUCGCUGGCAACACCUCAGAGCCCCCGUCCAACCCCUCAGCUGCUUUCCAGGCAAACUCAGGUGCAGCUGACGCAUUUUGCCAACCAGAACUGGACUCUGGUUCUGCGUGUCCAAGUGAGACGGUUUCAUUAACGACCUAUUUUUCAGUUGACAGCUGCAUGACUGACACGUACAGACUGAAAUACCAUCAGAGGCCCAAGCUCUGGUUUCCAGACAGCGGCGGCUUUUGUGACGAUAAUUCUCUGUCUCAGAGUGAAAGGCAGCUAGGACCUGGGUCACACAACAGUCUCGAUUCAAGCUGCCCUUCCGAGCAAAGGUGUAAACCUGGCAUACAUUGUAACAGAUAAAUGGCAAAAUCCAAAAUCGGCAAAGGUUCUCCUUCUCAGAGGCCAUUUAAAUAUAACAGGAACCUACUGACCAAACCUAGUGACACAGGAAGUCAAACCCGUGGCGUUUUCAAAGUCAUUCAUCACUUUAUAUAUAUGUGUGUGUGUGUAUAAUUUAUAUAAAGCUUUAUGAUGAUCAGUGUAUCGGAUAUUUUAGAAAUUCCUUUUGAAUAGUCUUGGCAUGCCUUGAAAAAUAGAAAAUUGGGGUAUAUAACAAUUCAUUUGCCAUAUGCUACAGUUGAAUAAAUUAAAUUUGUCCGUCUGUCGUCUGGCUACUAACCAGUAUUAAACUAACCAGCACUCGUGUGUAGAUUGUAAACUGUGCUAAUGGCAAAAUACCAAGUGAUACAUAGUUUAUCUAGUCAGAGAAGUAUUUGAUUUAUGAAGAAGCACUUUCUAAUGGGUGACCAGAAGCAGGCUUCACCCAUUUGUUUUUGACUUCUGUGAUAGUCCACUACGUACGAUCCCUUUAAGUGUCUUAAAAAAAAUUUGAUCCUUGAAUUUGAUAGCAUUAAAAAAAUGCCUUAAUGAUUACAGUUUUUAAAUUUUGAAAGUCAGAACUUUGCUCCUAGAACCUUUAUCUUCAGAAUAUCUAGCUAAUAUAAAUUAGGCCUUUGACUAUAAUAUGUAUUCAUAAAUGCUAUUUCAGCUACGUAAGCUAAAAAGUUAAAAUACUUAAACUUUAGUAUAUUUAUUUAUCUUGUUACAUUUUUUUAAAAAUUUUAUAUGAAAUGUGAAUGGUCUUUUUUUGGUUUGGUGGUGUCGGGCUGCUAAUCACCAGUGGGAGGAAGGAAUAAGAGGAAUUGCCUCCUUCUGGGCAUGUCCCUGUCACUGCCUGCACAUUCUCUGCUAUGAUCUUGUCAACCCCUUUUACUGAUUUCCACAUUCUUGAAUCUGAAGAUCUACUUAGGUUUCCAGAUUACAUUUCUGCCUUUUAUUAUAGAAGGUUUAAUUUCAAUGACAUAUUUAAUUAUUUAGCACCCUUCCCUCUUUUAAUACUCUAAAUAGUAAUUUUACCCCAACUACUUUCAUGGAGAGGACUUUAUAAUUACCAAUAAAGGAAUUUUUCAUUAUGAUGGUAACCUUAGGAGUGAAAAUAAGUUACUUUAAUUGCCUUAUUUUAUCAGUUGUCAUUUUAUUUUGUACUCAGCUGGUAACUAAUUGUAGUUUAGAACAGUUUUAUAAUGUUCACUCCAGAGAACUGAAAAUCAUAGAAUUUAAGUUUUUUUUUUACAUUCCUAAAUGGGUAAACUUCAUAAAUAUAAUUACUCAAUAAACUAAUUAGUAUAUUUAAUAUCUUGACCGAUUCCAUAAAUUGCAUUAAAAUAUUCCAAAAUGUAAAUGAUCAAAUAUGAAUACUUUUAGAUAAAUAGAAAAUAACUACUUGUAAAAGUCUAACCUUACCAGAUCUUGGCCAAAUUUUAUCUUCUACCUGUAGAGAAGUUUUUACUAGCCUUUUCUAACUAUUAUAGUAGGUGAUUAUUACUUUAUAUUCUUAUUAGAAAUACUUGAAUACCAACUAAAUUAAAUUUUAUCUUUUAGGAAAUCUUAUUUUUAACAUAAUUUUUAGUAUGGAGGGUUUGUAAGUAAUGUAAUGUUUGUACAAUUGUAUUUGAAAUGUCAAUGUUUUUAAUGGCUGCUUUUAUAACAUUGUAAAACACUAGAAAAAAUGGGCUUUACGUUUUUUUAAUAGCUUUCAAGAACUUUCUGUGUAGUUUUUGUUUCUAUUUAGUGAAGAUAUCCAGUUGGAAAGGUAUUAUUUGAAACAUUUAAACUAAUUUCUGUAUUUAACAGCAGUGUCCUAGAUUUGUCUUUUCAACUCAGUUGCAUUGCAAACGUCAAAUACAAUUGUCCAAUUUUGCCUCUUUUAAAGUACUGUCCAGUUGAAACAAACUAUAAACUGAUCAUUUGUUUUUAUGUUGAUUCAACAUUCCAAAUACAGAUUGAAUACAUAUUUACUCACUAAUCAUUCAUGUGUAAAAUUUUUACUUCUAGGAUGCGCAUAUUUAUUUUUAUACAUCUGGUUAGAAACUUAUUAUAACUUUUUAAAUAAUGCAACCAUCAACUGUAAUGUUUAAAAUACUUAUCUUCAGAAUGUUUUAUUUUCAUGUGAAAUCAGUUGCUUCUGAUUCAAAAACAUUUUUAAGAUAAACGGAUUUUUAAGUUAAUAUGAUUGGACUUUUCUUUGCAUUCAUGAACUGUGUCCCCCACUUGCUCCGUCCCCCCCAUAGAUUGUGUAUUUCAUGGGAAAUGUAAGUUGAAGGUACUUGGAAUUUCACUGAUCAUGACAUGUUUAUCCCAAGAGGUUCCCAAAAGUUAAACUUCAGCACGAUCCAAAGCACAGCUCGUAGAGAAGUUGGUCAGUGUUCUACAAAGAUCCAGAGAGUAAGUGAUUUGGGCUUUGUGGAUCAUAAAUGUCCCUGUAACAGCUGCUCAGCUCCGCAAGUGCAGUGCGCAAGCAGCCACUAACGGUCUGUAACUGGACGGGCGUGGCUGUUUUCCAGUAAAACACUGUCACCGCUGAAAACCGGAUUGCAUGUAAUUUUCACAUGUCAUGAAAGUCUUUUGAUUUUUUUCAAUAGUUUUAAAACAUAAAACCUAUACUUAGCACACAGGCUUCCUUAUAAAAACAGGUAGCAAGCCAGAUUUGGCCCGUAUGUGAUGACCUAAAGUGUAAUCUACGUUAAAUAACCUUCACUGACCCUAAAUAUCCUCCAAACGUACUCCAUGCCACACAGGGACUGGACGUUUGGAGCGCUUUACAUCCUAAAAUUUUCAGGUUAACAGACCCUAAAAUCUGUUCCUUGCAACUGCUCAUACGCCAAUGCAUUUCCAAUGGAACAAUUAAAACAAUUGUUUCCAGUUAAAUUAAGUAUGUGAAAUUUGCAGAGGAAUUUACCAGAUUAAAAUCACAUUGAUGUUAUUCUUUUGAUGUCUUUUGACCUCUGUUUUUAUCAUAGUGAGUUUGCAGCUUUCCUUGGUGCCCCAUUUAUCCACUUGGAAGCCUUCGCAGUGUGGGCGACGCCAGCAGACACAUUUGCAGUGGUAAGUUCAAGGGUAGGUGACACAGUUUCUUAUUUUCUGAACCUUCAUACUACCACCAUUUUUUUUAAAGGGAUUAUUUUAU